AUGAGUCAUUUUGCAGGUUGCUUAUGUGAGGCAGCUUACGCGGCUAGUGAUGCAUAUGCACAGGGCAACUUAGCAGUGUUUUUCAACGCCACAGCUGCAAAAUCCGGUGACGACCAUCCGCUGACUGCCAGCGUCCCGAAUUUAUGGCGAGUUCUUUUUGCCCGAGAUUUCCGGUGCCAGGCGAGAUCUUUCAAAACGAAGGAGUUGCUGCCUAUCAAGGAAGCUCGUUUUAUUCGAGUCUCGGAUAGGAAACUUCUUCCAGCAGUUAUCAGUAACCAUACGCGUGCUAUUCUUGAAUUUGGCAGUAGCACAUCAGUACUGAGCGCCGGAAAAUACCGAUGCGAAAUCACGACCACUGACAACGAAUUUGCUUGGGGAUGGCUUUUUGUGAACAUGCGCCCCGUUUUCCACACGAACCACUCAAAGAUGCUGGAAACUGCUGGUGACAAUUUCUUUCGCGUGAAAGCACCGCUUGUGAGGGCAACUGAAGGUGAAACGGUGAUAUUGAGCUGCCCCGUGUAUGGAUACCCGAAACCAACGAUUGUUUGGUAUAAAGAUGAUGCCCUUGUUGCUUCCACGGAGCAGAUAACUUUUCUGGAGAAGGAUUUGCAAAUUGCAAAAGUGCAGUUUGAUGACGAGGGUGUGUAUUCGUGUGUUGCGCGGAAUUCGUUUUCGGAAGUGGUUGAAGGCGAGGAGAAGAAUUGGGAAUCGCGCCUGGAUCGCGAAGUAAAAGUGAAAGGUAAGCUGCGUUACAGUCGCAGUUUUCUGUUAAGCUGAAG